CUCGUUCCGUCCUGGUUCGAUGGGCUCUCGUUUUGGUUUCGGUGAGUAUGAGGAUGUCUGCGUCGCCGCCCUCACAUUCAUGGUCGACGCCAAGGGCCUGCGCAUGUUCAACCUCACCACCGACGCAGCCUACUGCCUCGGCCUGGCUGCUGUGGCCAGUGCCACCUUUGGCGUCACCUCCGUUCCCGAUGUGAUCCGCGUUUGCGGGCCCUCGUUCCAGCACGUGCCCGCCUACCCCAACUUUGUCGGUAGCGCACUGGAGACGGACCGCACCGGUGCCAAGCUGACGCCUGGCAGCAGCGCGGCCAUCCGCAUGAGCCUGCCCGACCUGGGCAUUCCCUCCAUCAGCGCCAUCCUGUCGCAGGCCACCAACGCAAGCAUCACGGUACCCGGCCCCAUCACUGUCCCUGGUGGCUGGGCCACCCUGUCAGGGCUCACCAUCCCCGCCCUGGGCAGCGGCACAAGCUUUCGCGCUAGCGCAAAAGUCAGCGUGCCGGCUAUCAGCUUGUCCAAUGUGGGGUGUGAGAUUGUGUACGCCAACGACAUCUAUAUCUACAAUGUGUCUGGCUCAAUCGUGAAUGUGGCCGGCGUUGUCAGCCUCGCCAACGUCCUGCUGCGGAUGCCCAAGGGCGCGGGCAACGGUAGCGUCAACUCAACCACCACAUCGCCCACAAUCUCUGCGCGAGGUAGCUUCCUAUCCCUCACCAUGGAGGCUAACGCCACUAUCAAGGCCGGCAACAAGAUCAAUGUGGCGCUGCGCACGUCCAACAUUAAUCUGGCCGCAACGGUGCAGGGCCUGCUGUCGGCCCUGGGGCCCCUGCCUUCCUGGAACAGCUUCCUGACCUCGCAGCUUGGGGCCCUGACCUUCCCGUCAUUCGACGUCACCCAAUUUGGAGACACACAGUUUGCCGGUGCCGCUGCAAUGGCCACCGGCACCGGCCUGGCCUUCAUCCGGGACUCUGCCGGCCUUCGCGCGCUCAACCUCACCCUGGGCUCCUCCUCCUGCUUCUCGCUAAGCGAUCUCGCCUCGCAACUGGGCUUUGCCGGGGUCAGCCUGCCCACUGAUGUGAUUGGAAGGGUCUGCGGCCCCAUGACCUUGCAGCACGUCCCCACCAUUGCGGGCGCAUUGCUCGCCAAGGAUGCAUCCGGCCGUGUCCUCAGCCCAAACAGCAUCAUCGCAUUCCGUCUGGCCAUUCCUGACCUGCUGGGACCUACCCCGGUGGCGGCAUCCCUGUCGGUCGCUCCCAAUUCAACCUUUCAGGUUAAGUUGGACGGAUCCUUCAGCGUCUUCGACGGCUGGGCCACCCUCAAGGAACUCAACAUCCAGCGCGGUACCGCCUCUAGCUACAAUGCGUCCGCCACAAUCGCCAUCAGCGACCUAGGCGGUAAGGACGUGCCCUGCACAUUCACCUACGACAAGAGCAAGAGCUCCUACAUGGUCAAGCUGGCCGGCAACGUGGCGUUCCUGUUCGACACCGUGACGCUGGCCUCGCUCACCAUCAACUACACCAAGGGCACCAAGGCCGUCAUCUCCGGCACCGCCACCGGCAGCCUGGGCGGCGUGUCCGGCUCCUCUGACAUCAGCUACACCUACAACCCCACCACCAAGAAAUGGGAUGCCACCAGGCUGAGCUACAACGUCACUCAGGCCGUGGUCCUCCGCUCGAUCGCCACAGCUGUGCCGCAGCUGUCCACCACUGUCCUGGCUGUGGUGCCCAAGGCGGUGCUGGACCUGUCACUGCCCAAGGUGUCGGUUGCUACCACGUCGGUGGCAGGCCUGUCGAACGUCUACAGCCUUACUGCCGGCCCCAGCUCCACCGGCAUCACCGCCAGUGUCUACUUCGAUGGCAGCAGCCGUGCCGGUGGCGUGCUGGCAGCCAGCCUGACCCUCGCCCCCAGCCUUGACCUGGGGUCGGUCAUCACCACCAUGCUGCCUGACCGCGCGCUGACGCUGCCAGUGGACGCCAACCUGCUCAAGGGCCUGGUCACCAUCACCAACCCGCAGCUGGUGUACGUGGGCUCAAACCUGGCCGCUGCAAAGGCGCUGGUUCCCGCCGUGGGCAACAACCGCGCCCCCUUCGCGUCAUUCGGGCUUCAGUUGCCACUCAUGGGCAUCAAGAGCGUCAUGCCCGCCCGCCUGCCGCUGGCGGACGCGUCAAACGCCCAGGUCGUUGUCGCUUGGGAGGGCAAGUUCUCGCCCAUCACGGGUCUCAACCUGACAAGUGCAGCGCUUGCCCUCAGCAAGGCCAACGGCGUGGUGCUGUCCGCCAACGGCUCCCUGUUUGACACGGCCAUGGCGGUGACGCUGCGGGUGCCCUCGACGAAGAGCUUCAGCGUUGCCGCAGAGGCACGCAACCUGGUACCAGCCAACCUGCUGCGCAAGGCCUUUCCUUCCACACCGUCCCUCAUCCUCACCGUUCUAGAUCCCGUGAGCUUCAGCCUCCUCCGCGUCACGUACCAGUACACUGAGGGCAGCAGCAGCACGUUCGGCAUCGAGGGCUCCCCCGACCUGACCAAGCUUCCCGCCACGCUGCGUGAUGGCCUGAACACGGUACUGAAGGCGCUGGGUCUCUCGCUAGCCGACGUCCAGAUCGCCGUCAGCAACGGCCAGCUGUCUCUGGCGCUGACCAAGACGUGGACGUUCGCCGGCAGCAGCCCUUUCCAGGGCCCAGUGGUGGUGGGGCUGGGCCUGGCCGUCAGCGGCACCACUACCUCGAUGGCGGUGACUGCAUCCGGCUCGUUCCAAGCUCGGGUCCGCAUGAGCUUCCUGAACCCCGAAGUCAUUUCGCUGGGCCUGGGCGCGUCGGUCGCCUUCAAGACCGGCACCGGCGCUUCUUUCGGCCUGUCCGCCUCCGUCGCAUCCACCACCUCCCAGCCCAUCGCCAUCAAGAAUUUCAACUGGAUCAAGGUCAGCAAGAUCUCUGGAUCCAUCUCGCUCACCCCGGCUCUGGUGCCCGACGCCUUCUCGCUGACUGCCGCCGGCACGGUAUUCAGCGCCCCCGUCACCGUCAUCCUCGGCUACGACGCCAACAGCCAGGACUUCGGCAUCCUGUUCAGCAUGACUAGCUUCAGGCUGCAGAACAUUGUGGACGCGCUGGGCGUGAACGCGAACCUGGGCUUGCUGGAUUUCGAGAUCCGGCGGGCGUUCUUUGCCUAUGCCGCCAAGACCUUGACACUCAAGACCCCGGUGUCCGGCUACUCAAGCAUUCCGCAGGGCUUGCGCCUGGCUGGCGACAUCCAAGCUCUGGGUACGAGUGCCAGCCUGGACCUAAUGGUCGCCACCAACGGCUUCAAGCUUGAGUUCACCAAGACCGGCUCGCUUGAUCUUAUCACCCAGCUUGUCAGUAUGCGUAAGACCGACAAUCAGAGCACUCGUUAACAUGUGUUCUGUAUAUAAUUGAUGCGCAAUUGAUCACAAACGUCAAAAUGCUGGGCUCGCUGCGCUGGAUGGUCUGCGCAUUGUGACGCGCUUUGUGUUCGCAGGUAUUUACCUGCCAAGACACAUAUCCUAGUAGUGAACGCCACAGCUUUUGAACUGGGGUGUCCGCUGGGUAGUGCGCAAACGCAGGCGGACAUGCUCGCCUGGCGCAGCUAUCGAGGGGCAUUCUGCAUACCGUGAUAGCUCAGACAGAGAGAUAGCCCAGUUUCAUUGGCCUGGGCGUGGCACAGCCAGUCUGUGCGUCCUCACGGCGCGGUCGACGACCUGAGCUGUCAGGCGCCCUGAGGCGCCCGACAGGUGAGUGUGAAGCAGCGGCCAACGCCCGUGCAGGCACUCCAGGCGUGUGGCGGUGUGGCCACUGGCUGUGUGGAGCGUCCAUGCAAGGGGCCUAUGGUGACGACAGAUGGGUUCGAAGUAGCC